AAUAAGGACACUCCUGUUUAAAAGACUAAAAUUGACAUCAAAGAAUGAAGAACGGCUACAAAAUUAUAUUAAUGAUUUUUCUAGCGUUGUCAACGUUUGUAAUAGCAGAUGAAGCAGAGUUUCUUACUGAUUUAAUCAAACAGCUUCGAAACAGUGAACUUGGUAUGUCAAUUUUGGUAAACAGGCAAUAUUGUCACAAAUUAAACUUUAGAUGUGACGAUGAAGCAAGAAUCACGGCUGUGUAUCUUGAAAAAGUAAAACGCCCAGAAAUAAUGCUCCCUCCAGAUUCAAUAUCUACUCUAAGCAAAUUGGAAGUAUUAUCUAUUCGUGAUUCUGUAGUUAAAAUAAACUGGAAUGUAAUUAAUUCAGAUCCGUUAAAAAGCCGCUUAAAAACUCUGGAAAUUGCAGGAAAUAGACCAGGACGAAUACCGGACUUAAACCUUCCAGGGUUGAUCAACCUAGAUAUUUCUAGAAGUGCACUAGGAUAUUAUGUGACAGAUCCCAUAGUACUUAGUAGAAGCAUAAGACAUAUCAAUGCAUCAAACAAUUAUCUUCAAAAUAACGUAAUACCAUUUGAUCAGAUGCCUGAUCUACAAACAGUAGACCUUUCACAUAAUCUUUUAAAUGAUAUUCCAUCCUUCGACAAAAACCCAAAACUAUUAGUUUUGAACUUUUCAUUUAACAAAAUAGCACGUGAGCUUCCAUCGUUCGACAAAAAUACCAAGUUAACAACGAUCAAACUUAAUCACAACCUGUUGACAGGCAAGAUUCCAGAAUUUAGUAAAAAUACAGAGUUGAUGAAAUUAGAAUUGUCAGGUAACAGAUUGAGUAGCCCUAUUCCAAAAUUUAAGAUUGAAUCGCUACUUUUAAUAGAUAUUUCAGACAAUCUAUUAAUAGGCGAUAUUCCGAAACUUCAUCAACCUAAUUUGAUAUUUUUAGAUCUCUCAUUAAACAAUUUAAGCGGUAGAGUUCCAGAUUUUAUUGGAUAUCAUGCAUUGAAAUUUGUAAACAUUUCAAAUAACGAUUUAGUGGGUGAACUUCCAGAAUUUCCUGAUUCCUUACGUCUACAGAAGCUAUGUGUUUCAUUUAAUAAAUUUAGGGGCGUUGUUCCAUCGUUCUAUAAAAAUAACGAGUUGAGAAUCUUGGACUUUUCAAAUAACAAUUUGUCAGGUGAGUUUGAUCUUUACCGCAUGACCACCGUUCUAAUGGUUAGCAUCAAUGGGUCAAACAACAAACUCUCAGGUAAGAUGCCAGAAUUUCCAGAAAGAGGGAGUAAAUUGUUGAGCAUAGAUUUUUCAAACAACCUUUUAACAGGCCCUACCUCAAGUUUUAGAAACUGUCCUAGGUUGGAACUAUUAAACCUUUCAUAUAACAAAUUGAGUGGCAAUAUUUCAGACUUUGGCAGCAACACUAAUCUGCUACAUUUGGAUCUUUCAUAUAACAAAUUUGGUGGUAACAUUCCAGACUUUAGAAACAGCACUAGUUUACAGGAUUUGAAUGUUUCAAAUAAUGAAUUAUCAGGUUCUAUUCCAAGUUUCAGCAAAAAUAUUAAGCUGAAGGAAUUAAACCUUUCAGGCAACAAACUUUCAGGUGAUAUUCCUAAUUUUGAUCAAAAUCGUGACUUAGUUUUGUUAGAUUUGUGUAAAAAUGGUGAGUUUGAACGCAAAUGCAUAGAUGAAAAUAAAGAGUUCAUUGCGUCCACAAAAUUGACUAAAUAUACUUGUACAUUAGGUGACAUUAAAAUACACAAAAAGUGUUGUACCAGACUUUCAUUUUUACUGGUCUGCACUGUCAACCACACAUUGGUUACAUCAAACGCAAACGCCAUCUACUAUGCUGGUAGCACAGUUCAAAUAUCGAUCAUAUUACUCGGGUUGUUAUUCGUCUAAUAAGCCAUAGUUAUUUAUGUAUUAUUAAUAUAUAUGGU